UUUGUUUUGUUAGGAUUGUCCCAGACUCACAAAGUCCAAUCAGUUCUCUUCUUCUUCUUCCUGCUGUUCUACAUGAUAAUUCUCCCAAGCAACAUCCUUAUCAUUCUCACAAUUCAGGGCAAUUCCCAACUGGGAUCACCCAUGUAUUUUUUCCUGGCCAAUUUGGCGUUCUUGGACAUCUGCUACUGUUCUGUGACCCCACCCAAAAUGCUGGCUGACUUUUUCUCAAAUCCCAAGACCAUCUCCUACAAUGCCUGCAUGACCCAGCUUUUGUUUCUUGACUUCCUGGGAGCAGCAGAAGCUUUUCUGCUCUUGGCCAUGGCCCAUGACCGUUACAUUGCUGUUUGCAAACCACUACACCAGGCUUUGAACAGGACUGCAUGCUGUGCCCUGGUUGGAGCUUCAUGGGGCAGUGGCUUUGUUCAUGGCAUCAUUCUGUUUGCUCUCACCAUCAAGCUCCCCUUUUGUGGCCCCAACAUCCUGGAUCUUUGUGAUGUGCGUCAGCUGGCUAACUUGGCCUGUGCUAACACUUACACAGUAGAACUGCUGGCAUUCCUCAACAAUGGAGUUAUCAUUGUCAUGUGCUUUGCACUUCUCCUCAUCUCCUACACAAUCCUCUUGCUGAAGCUCCGGACACAGUCCACCAAGGCAAAGAACAGAAUAACCUCCAGCUGUAUUUCCCACAUCAUUGUGGUUUUUGUCAUGUGUGGCCCAGCUAUCUACAUCUAUGUCUUACCCUUUCAGACCGUCCCAAUUGUUGUUGCUGAUGUUGCUGAUGACGGGGUCAUCUUCCCCUUGACUAAUUCCAUGAUCUACACCCUGUGUAACAAGGAGAUCAGAAGUUUGAUGUGGAAGUUGGUCUGCAAACACAUACUUUGGUGUAGACUUAAAAAAAAAUAA